UCUUGAGAGAGGCAGAGAGCACUCUUGAGUGGUGGGUUGAGCUGGGUUGAGCCCAAGAAAUUCCAAGAAGUUUUCCAAAAACAUUUGUUGUGUAUUUUUAUUUACAGAUCAUAACCUGUUGAAUGAUUGAAUAGUCAAAUUGAGUCAAAUAGAUUAGAGUAAAAAUUGUGUGCUUUAAAGUGUUGUUUUAAUGUAAAUUUUUGACAACAAUAUCAAGAUAAUAGCCAAAAUGGCAAGUGAAAUAAAUUCUUUUAUUAAAACCGAAUUUACAAAUGCAAUUAAUUAUUGUUUAAAAAAAUCUGAGAUUAAAAAUUAUUACAAUAAACAUGACAAAAGUGAACCAAUAUCAAGACAGUCAGCUAGACUUGGUGAAGAAAUAUCUUCGUUUUUAAUGAAAAAAAUAAUUAAAAAAAUUACAACACAUGAAGACAUUAAUGUUGAUAUUGCAAGUAAUGUUAAAACUAAAAAUCGUAAACGAUCAACAUCAUCAAAUUUACCACAUCAUGCUGGAUCAAAAAAUUCAUCUGGUCACAAAAAAUCAGCUUCACCUUCAUCAUCAUCACAAAAGAAAUUUAAAUAUUGUUAUACUGAUAGUGAUGACAGUUCAUCUUCUCCAAAGAGAAAUUCUUUUGAUGAUGAAGAAUCUCCAAAAAAUGAUGAAAAAAUAGAGAAAAAAAAAAAACGAUCAAGAACAUUUAUACCACGUGAUAUUAAAAUGAAAGUAUUAAAACUUGUCAAUAAAUAUCCAUAUAUGAAACUACCAGACAUUCAUCUAUCAACUGGAUAUAAUAGUAUAACUUCUCAACAAAUAAAUAUGUGGAAAAAUCAAUUUGACUAUAUUGAUUCAAGUGAUGAAUCAAAUAACAUUGAUAACAGAAGAAUAAUUAAUGUUGACGUUUACAAUAAGUGUGUUGAACAGUCAAAUAUUAAUUGUAAAUUUAAUGAAAGACAAUUAAAACUAUGGGCACUUGAAGCAAAAGAAAUACAUUUUAAAAAUGAUUUAACAUUUCAAUUUGUUCCUGAUGAUAAAUGGCUUGAUACAUUUAAAAUUGAUUAUUCUAUAAUUGAAGCUGGCAACAAUGAAAUGUAUGUAAUUCCAAAAAAAUUAACUGAACAAGAAUUACGUGGAUACAUGGAGCCUUGUGAUGUAGAAAUUGAUUUAGUUGAAGAAGUUGAAAAUGUUGAUCAAGUUAAUAAUGAUAGUAAGCAAGAAGAAAAAAUUACAUUAAAACCAAAUAAUAUUGUUGGUAUUAAUAUGAAUAAUAUUGAGAUGAUUAAUAUGAAUAAACAAAAAAUUUUGAGAGAAGAAAAUUUUGCUCAAAUUUUAAGUAAUGUUGAUGAUUUUAUUGAUGAAGAUAAUGUUGAUCCUCUUCAAACAGUUGAUGUUGAUAAUCAUUUGAUCAAUGAAGUACCUGAAUCUGAAAUUAAUGAAAAUGCUUUGAAUAUUUAUACUUACAGUAAAUGCCAAGAAUUUAGUGAAAAAAAAAUUAAAUUUGGUGAUAAAGAGAUACGAGAAUGGGCUAUUGAUGCAGCUAAACUUUGUGCUCUUCCAUCAUCUGAAUGCUCUGACUUUAAACCAUCAGAUGAUUGGAUAAAUAAAUUUAAAAAAACAAAUGGUAUUGUUGGAGAACCAUGGGAUCUUCGAGUCGUUGAAAAUGUAAUCGAUAAUUCUGAAAAAUCUUAUGACAGUAAUCAAAAUUUGUUGGAUCUUCAAAUGAAUGAUACUGAUGAUGAUGAUGAUUUUUUUAAAAGUUUAGAAACUCCAAGUUGUUCUUUUACAAAUUUAAACAUUGAAAAAGAUAAUAAUAAAGUUAAAAAUAAUUGUGAUCAAGCCAACAAACUUGCUGACAUAAAUGGAAAUUGUUUAGAUCUUUCAACUAAAAAAAAUAGCUCUUCACUUGAUAAAAAUAAAAAUAAUAAAGUUGAAUUAGUUGAUUUAACUAUAGAUGAUGAUGAUGAUAAUUCAUUUGCCUGGAGAAAUGGUGCGUUUAAUAUCAAGACUGAGUUACUAAAUUAAAAUCAUCAAUUUUUUUAUAAUCCAUGUGAAUUCAGCUGCUGGCCAAGACAACUAAAUAAU